AAAAAGGUUAGACUUAUGUUCUAUCUGAACUAUGGGUACCACACACAGUUUGCUGAUAACGAAGAUCUUCAAAAUGAGUGGAGGGAAGCAAAAAGGAGCAACAAGAUUAAAGUUGUCUCCUUUCUCAAAGAAAAGACAGGGUAUUCUGUUGUCCCAGAUGCAAUGUUUGAUAUUCAGGUAAAACGCAUUCACGAGUACAAGCGACAACUGUUAAAUAUCUUCGGCAUCGUUUAUCGGUAUAAGAAGAUGAAAGAAAUGACAGCUGCAGAAAGAAAGACUAACUUCGUUCCUCGAGUAUGCAUAUUUGGGGGAAAAGCUUUUGCCACAUAUGUGCAAGCCAAGAGGAUUGUAAAAUUUAUCACAGAUGUUGGUGCUACUAUAAAUCAUGAUCCAGAAAUCGGUGAUCUGUUGAAGGUAGUCUUUGUGCCAGAUUACAAUGUCAGUGUUGCUGAAUUGCUAAUUCCUGCUAGCGAUCUAUCAGAACAUAUCAGGUAAUUAACUGACUCCCAUCUUUCUUUUCAAUUGUGCUGCCACUGGUAACAAUUGAUCCAACAACUCUAUACUAUGUUAAAUUUGUUUGUGGCUUUGUGCGAACAUAACUGGACGAUUAGCUGCUUAGUUUCUCAUCACUAGUAUAACUCGGGUGUUGAGAGUGAUAUCAUGCUAUAAUACUGUUAUUAUUGUAAUAUUCAUCACAUGCAUAGUUUAUAUAUGUAUCAAAUCGAAUGCAUAGUGAAGUGGUGUGACAUGACAGUGAUCA